GAGUCAUACCCACACGAGUACUCUCCCCAUUGGUGCGGGGCAGGCCUUGAGGCGGCGCAUACUGUACGUGUGUUGGAUGUGAAGCGCUUGACCAAUCAGAAGGCCGUAAAAAACGUAGACGCAAUCUCAUUGGAUCUAACCGGAACACCUCUGAAGUACGAGCCGGGAGAUGCCUUCGGGGUGUUGGCUCGGAAUAGUGAUAG